GGGCUGUGGUCGCCAUAGCGGUUGGCCUUCUGCUUGUGCUGCCCCUGUUGGUGGUCUUCGUGAUGAGGAGGGUGAGGCAGCGGCGAGAAGCAGAGAGCAGCGGAAGCAUCAGGGCGAGACACCGACCCAAAGUCACCAGUGAUGAAGAGGACAGCAAAACGAAGGCCUGGAUGCAGCACACGGCACACCAAGAGCGAGUCCGAUCCAGCAGGGAGAAAGAUAAAAUCAGCCUCAGGAAGAAGAAGAAAGCUAAGGAAGCAGAGAGGAAGAGGAGGAGGGAACCGCUGGGGGAGGACGCCAUUCGGAUGCGGCCUCUCAGGAGGGACCAGGAUCCAGGAAGUGACACAGAUUUUACCCAGAGUUCAAUGGAGGACAUGAACAUGAGAUGCUCGAGGCAACAAGAGGACGCCGCCAUCUGUGACCACAGGAGCCCGGAGCAGAGACAGUUUCGAGCUGGACCCUCUCCGUCCCACAGGCCUUUACAUCAGCGUACAGUUUCACUCACUCAUUCCUGA